UAAAUAAUUGCAAAAGGACGACAAGCGUAACUUCAACAGCCCUUCCUCGUCCGUUCUGCUCAUCAGGUGGCACAAUUUUCAGCAAAUUCUGGAGCUCAAAAGCCAGACACACACCUACUAACUUUUGCAUUUCCUCAUCAGCUAACAAAAUCGUAUUGCAUGAACGAAUCCUGCACUGCAUAUUUGCAGUUGCAUGCUGACAAUAAAAUUGAGGAAGGCAGGGCCUGGGAUCUGAAAAGGCAGACCAGGAUAUCCCCAGAAAUCAAUGAAAAACCCGGAGGAAAAAGUCAGUAGAAGAAUAUAGUAGUGUUUCAGAAGGAAAAAGGAGCUGCCACUUUCAUCUUUAUCUGAAGGCGAUGGAGAGGACAAGGACAGCGUGGUGGUCAAAAGCUAGACCAAACAAGAGACAAUCAGUGAACUUGUGUGGAAAAUAAAAAUUAGAAGAACAUAAAAGAAGCCUAUUCUUUUUUGUUUUCUCUACAGAAGAGAACAAGGAUGGAGGGUUGUACAGCUAGUCGUGACGGUACACGCUAGCAGAAGGACUGAAGGAGGGCAGAGGCGAAAUAAAUUCCUCCGGCGAGAUUCGUGUGGAGAUGAGUUAGGUGCCAGGACCACUCAUAAAUUCUGCCUGUUCUUUCAGAUCUGCUCCGUGCUGUGCUUUUGCUUUGCAGCGAGAAGAAAUUCCUCUACCCCCCAGCAGUUAGUUGUUCAGGACAGGGCGCUCCCUCUCGGCUUCUUCCAGUUCCAGGCUUGGGGCUCUUCGGUUCCAAUCCCAUGCGUCGUCGCCGGAGUCCAAUCUCGCCGCUGCUCAGAGUUUCUUGAUUUGGUCUGUUCGGAAUUUCCAUUUCUCCCGGAGAAAAUUUGUUCCUACCAAAAGUUGAUCCUUUUCCCCCUCGGGAUUUUUUGUUGGUUUCGCCUUGCGAGUCCAUACAGUGAAGGGAGAGCUUGUUCUUGAAUCCCCUAGGCGGUAGCAGCGUUGGAAGCAGAAACCAGUUGCUGCUUAAAAAUCCUCCCUUUUCUCUUGGUUUCUUAGCAGCGCAAUCACGACCUCCGUCCUUGCUUGAAUCUCGCGACAGCUCGCAGCUUCCCAUACUCGUUUCCCCUCUCGAUUUCGUCGUGAUUUCAGGUCGGCUCUUGCUCGCCUUCGCCGAUUUGUUUGCUCCCGAGAGCCAGCCUAUAAGAAUCCCCACUCCACCUUUCCCUCUUCCACUCCACGAGCUGCUGCUUUCUCGUGGUGGUUUCUUCUCCCAAUGGGCAACGCGUUCGCGUGCAUGCCGCGCAAGGAGCACCGGGGCGCGGCCGCGGUGUCGCGCAGCAAGCGGAUGGGGAGCGCGCGGUCGGCGCGCGGCGGGCCCAAGCUGACGCCGGCGGAGGAGGAGCUCCUGCACCGCCAGGCGCUGGCCAUGGCCAUCCACCAGCACCUCGACUCCGGCGGCUCCAUGUCGCGCCGCAUCGACGCCGGGGCCUCCCUGUCCCGCCGCAUGGCCCCCGGCUCCACCAGCUCUCGCCGCCGCGGCGACCUGCCGGACUCCGUCACGAAUGCCAAGCCCGCCCAAAUUGUUCUGGAGAAUUUAGAAACAAAGAAAAUUGUCCUUGUUCAUGGAGAAGGAUUUGGUGCUUGGUGUUGGUACAAGACCAUCUCGCACUUGGAGGAAGCUGGUCUUGAGCCUGUUGCCUUAGACCUCACAGGUUCUGGCAUAGAUCAUACCGAUACAAACAGCAUAGCUACACUAGCAGAUUACUCCAAGCCAUUAAUUGAUUACCUCGAUAAACUUCCUGAGGAUGAGAAGGUUAUUUUGGUCGGCCACAGUUGUGGAGGUGCAAGUGUUUCAUAUGCGUUAGAACACUGUCCCAAAAAGAUCUCAAAGGCAGUGUUUCUUACUGCUACGAUGGUGAAGGAUGGGCAGCGGCCCUUCGAUGUGUUCUCAGAGGAACUCCGGUCAGCAGAUGUUUUCUUGCAAGAAUCGCAGUUUUUGGUUUAUGGGAAUGGAAAGGACAAGCCUCCUACUGGGCUGAUGUUUGAUAAACAGCAGAUCAAGGGGCUCUACUUCAACCAAACUCCUUCCAAGGAUAUGGCGCUAGCUGCGGUGUCCAUGAGACCCAUCCCUCUCGCCCCAAUCAUGGAGAAGCUCUCCCUCACCCCUGAAAAAUAUGGCACCGUGUGCCGCUACUUCAUCCAGACGCUUGACGACCAUAUGCUCUCACCUGACGCCCAGGAGAAGUUGGUUCGGGAGAACCCGCCGGAUGGCAUCUUCAAGAUAAAGGGCGGCGACCACUGCCCCUUCUUCUCUAAGCCGCAGUCCCUCAACAAGAUCUUGCUGGAGAUUGCACAGAUCCAAGCCCCAGCCGCGCUGCUCCCGGGCAAAGCAAGUUCGGAGGAGCCCGUGGCGGAGGAAUCAUGACUGCAUGUAUGUAGUGUACAUGGAAAAUGAGUAGCACAUAGGUUGCAAAAGUGAGGUGCGGGGGUUAAUUGAAAUCAGUUUGUCGGAUAAGAAUGUAGGGAGAUAAAAGUGUUGUUUUCUUCUGUGAUCAAGUAUAGAGGAUGUGAGAUUGUCAGAUAGUUUUCUUUUACCUUGUGAAUCAAAUAUGAAGCCAAAACAACAUAUCUUACUGUUUUCCUGAGCAA